CACACACACACACACACACACACAUAGUCCUUCCGAUCAGACCUCAGCCAUCCCUCGUCUCUUUUCCUCGUAAUCGAAGCACCAUCUAGGCCUAAGAAGCUGUCGUGGGCGUGUCUGUGUGUCUGUGUGGCUUGACUCGUGAUAACGGCGACCUGUAGUGCUCUCCUCGGCGCCCGACGCAUCGUUCUUUGGUCUUCCUUUCCUCGCUCUUGUUUUGGCGUUUGUUCUGCUCGUCUCCUCGCGGCGUGACGUAGAAGAAAUGAGCGAGGUGCAGCGCGCCAUCUCCAGCGGCGUGGUGGUGCGGACACAGAGCGGCUACAGGUGCGAGGUGUGUGACAAGAGCUUGACGGAGGUCGAACCCCACCUGCGAGGGAAGGACCACUUCAAGAACCUCGCCUGGGAAGCGCUGAGGAGCCCCGCCCCCCAUCCCUUCCUCCUCGAUGACAUUCCUCGUGUCGUGCUUGAAGCCAAGCAAAGAAAUGAACUGGAACUUGUAGACAAAACGGUCUUCUCCUACAGAUGCCUCGUGUGCCCCAAGAGGCCUCUCUCCAACGGGAUAAGGCCGCUGGAGACUCACUUGAAGGGGAGAGAACACGAGAAUGCUCAGAAGACGAUGAACUUUUCCCAAAUAUCUCCUUACGGUCCCAAUCCUCUGCCCAGUGCUGUCCCCCACCUGCAGCUGCCGACCCCCAGUCAAGCUUCAAACAUUCAAAACACUCAGCCAAGCUUCGCCUCUCGAAACCCAGAACGAGAGCAAUACCAGUCCCCACCUGGGCAGCAUCCCUCUCACGCACAAGCCCAGUACCCUCCAACAGAUGGUCUCCAGCCCCGAUACCCUUCAGUUGACCCUCAAUACCCUUCUCCUAUGCACCAGUAUAACCCAACACCACAGCCGCACCAGGCACUACUCGAGAGCCAGUAUCCCCCCAUCAACCAGCCCCCAGCGAGUGGUGGCUUGGUCGGAGAAACAGGACUUGAACCCGAGCUGCAGCGUGCCCUGGACGAGGGCACGGUGCAGAGGGGUGACGGGCAAACGUUCAAGUGCCGCGUCUGCGCCAUAAGCUCCACCGGAGUCGCCCCGUGUCUAGAGCACCUGAGAAGCGCCAAACACAAAAAGAAGGCGCAGGCGCGGACGCAGCAAUCACUACCUCCCAACAAUCCACCUCAGCAGCAAUACCCAGCCUCCCAGGUCCAGUAUACCACCAGUUCUCAUGCCCCAGCGAGCACUUUGCCCCACGCUUAUGAAGUAGGCACCUUCAGGCAAAACUCUCCAUUGCCUGCUGCAGCCAGUCUCCACGCCUUACCAUUGUCGAGUGGUGGCUUGGCCGGUGCCGCAGGACUUGACCCCGAGCUACAGCGUGCCCUGGGCGAGGGCGUGAUGGAGAGGGACGACGGCCAAGGCUUCAGGUGCCGCGUUUGCGACAAGAACUUAACCGGAGCCGCCCCUUGUCUUGAGCACUUGAGGAGCGACAGACACAAAGGGAGGGAGAGGACGGGGACGCAGCAACCACUUCCUGAUUUUGGACGGCUAACGAUACGUGGCGACCAAGUGCCCGGGAGCAGCUUUGAUUCGCUGCCGAUCGGCGUUGGGAGAACAGUGGACCAGGCUGACGGCUCGUGGGUGUUCCCGUGGCGGGUGAUGACGGGGCCGAGACUUUUUCCUCCGUCUGACCAAGUGUACCGCAACCUCUCGGUGCCCCGCGGCCUCGUGCUCAUCUUCAACUACUGCUUCCCCGGACACGGAGAACACGAGCGUCACGGCGCCAAACGGGACUCCUUCAACCUCCAAACGUUGUUCCGCCGCAUGGGCUACCUCGUGUAUCUACAUGAGGACAAGAGUAGGUCUGAGACGGAGCAGGCCCUCGCCAGCACCCAGAACGACCCCUGCCUGAGAAAUUACGACUGCCUCAUCGUAUUCAUUCUGAGCCACGGGAAGGACGACCAGAUUUUCUGUACUGCCAGCCGUCGAGAGCAGGACUGCAUGAGGCUGGAUGACGUGCGUUACAGAUUCACGGACACCGAAUGCCCCGCCCUCAAGGGUAAACCCAAGCUGUUUUUCGUCAACUUUUGUCGCGCGAGACAGACCAGCUACGACGGCAUGUCGCGCCACCAUUCGGAGCCGGUAGACAUGAUGACCCUGUAUUCCUGCAUCAACACCUUCAAUGCGCCGCGAGACCCAGAGCGUGGCACCUUCUUCGUGCAGGCGUGGUGCGAGGUGCUGGCCGCCCACGCCCACGACGAGGAGCUUAGUGACCUACACCGCCGCGUUUGUCGACGUAUGCGGGACAUGAACGCCUCUGUUCCGGAGCUACAGGUAUACGACUUCAAAAUGUUUUAUUUCAACCCAAUCCAUGCACAAUAGUGACGCCAGCCCGCCAGGAAAACCCUGAUGAAUCCAAGGACCAUGGACCCCUACACACACACACACACACACACACACACACACACACACACACACAUGGGGCUCAGUGGUUAGCGUGCCCGCGCCGCGUCCAGGAAUUUCAGGAGGGACGCGGGUUCGAAUCCCCGUACAGCUGAGAUUUUUCAGUCUGCGGCGAGUGGCCUAACGGCCGAUUUAUUAAACAGCUUUUGGGGUUCCAGUUCCCGGCCGGCCUCCGGUAGCCUCCCAUACUUAUAAAGCUAACACUUCGUCUCAGGCUCGCCUUAAGGGCCCAAACCGGUAAUGUGGAGUCCUAUAUCCUGGGUGUUAAUCUGAGACUCGGCGCGAGUAGCUAAAGUUGUUCCCGGCAACAUCUAUCAAAUAUUAGAUAGAUAUUGGUCCCGGGCAGGCGUAAGUCCUGGGUCUUCGUCUGAGGUAUCGACCUUCAAAUGUAAUAAUUGCGGGGUGUUGCCAGACAGACAGAGUGCCUCAUCAAAAUCGUUUUACAUUCAAACGCUCACUAUAGCCUUACAAAACCCUAUUUUAUUGGAUAUGAUGUGCUUCUAUUCAAUACUUUCACCAUUUUAAGGUAUUCUUACCCAUUAAUUUUCAUAUGAAAUAACUGAUCUUUCGAGCUAACGCCGUUGUUGGCAACUUUACGUUCCCCACUACCCGUGGUGGCUGGAACCCCAACUAGGGUGAAAACUCGUGGUUGAGGCGAGACAUAAGUCAAAUGCCUAAUUUAUUUAUAUGUAUUGGCCCUGGGGGUGCAACGAGCUAAUACAAGAUGGCGCCACUAUAAAUACUCGCCUGCGCCACAACGGGCUGGGCCGACCAUCAGACCCCAUCAGAGAGAAGCCUAAUGGCGCAAUAGGCCGCGACGUAAACACACACACACACACACACACACACACACACACACACACACACACACACACACACACACACACACACAUUCAUUUACUCACACUUAUUUUACAUUCCAAGGUAAAAGAUGCACUGUUCAAAAUGUCAGGGGACAAUUAUCAGGUUGAGAUUAUAAUGUUUUUUUUCUGAUUUAUUCAUUCUUUUUUAUGUGCAUGAAGCGACAAUGAUUUCUCAGCAGCCACCAGUUUUACGGUCCUGAUUCUUCCUGGUCUGCUCAGCCGCCCGCCGCGGGUGGCAGUGAGCGCCUUGUGGUCAGACGGUGCUACCCAAUAUAGAGUGAAUAUCUCAAUCGACCUUCUCACAUCGUUGUCCGAGGCAGGGUGUGCAUAGUAAAGGAAAGUUGUAAGGCUUAACAGUAAAGUUGUUCAGUUACU